AUGGCGGCUACUACUGCACAGGUCAUCGGCUGCUUCUCACCUGAAGCUCCACCUUCGCUGCUCCGUUCUAUCUUCGUCGCGGCUGUGGUGCUGUCCGUUGGAUGCAUGAUUAGCCCUACCCGGGCUCUCCAGAGCAUCACCAUCAGCUCCAGAUACUACUAUGUUUCGUCCAAGACAAAGGGUGUUUCCCCUUCACCCUACACUGGCUCCUUUCAAGUUUCUGUCAAGAUGACUGAAUUCACUCAGCUGGAUUUUCAAGGGGAAGGAGAGCGCCACGGGUCCUUUAGUGACGUCCUUCCCCUGCAGGAUGCACACUGUGGGGACUGGAUAUGUCUGCUUUGGCGAAGCCCGUAA